UCUACUAAACCUAUAAAAACAAUGAACUGUUUAUCUUAUUUUUUACUUGUUAUUGUAUUGUGCGCAGGAUUGAAUAAUGCGGUUCUCUUCCCGAAAACCUAUCCAAAAAACUUAGUACAAUUUACGAAUGUUCUGGGUCCAGAAAACAUUCUCAAGAUUCAUUGUGUAUCUAAAGAUGACGACCUCGGCUACCAUUAUUUGAGACAUGGAAAAAUUUAUAGUUUUCAAUUCGAUGAUAGUGUUUUCAAAACCAAAUUUGAUUGUGAUUUAUGGCAGGGUAGUCCAUAUUACAAGUUUCAUGCAAAUUUUAGAGCAUACGAAGGUGGUGGGUUUGUAGUUCACUAUGGUAAAAAGAAUUUUUGGGAAGCAAGAGAAGAUGGUAUUUACUUUACACAUGGUAUAGAAAUGCCUAAACUAGAGUAUAAAUGGAGCCGUGAAGAAAUUAUAUAA